UGCUGCUCAGUUUGGUUGGCAUAGCGUCAGACAUGACGUCUGCUGAUUAACAUGAAAUUUGGACCAGACCAGCCAUGGUAUCUGGCUUCCUACUUGCUUAUUUUGUUCUGUGAUGUUUUAGCUCCUACCAUUUCUACCCAGUAGUCUUGGUCUGAGUUGUUGGGAAUUAUUCUUUUUGGUCUUCUUGAAUGAAAUUAUAGGACCCUGGGUGGCAGCCAUCAUGGCAUGGACAGCAGUAGAGACUGGCGCCUUACUCCAAUGAGGGUCCCAGGAACCUGUCUGUGAUCACAGCAGUGUCAGGGACAAAUUCUGAGAGGAUUGUCAAAUCUCCACUAUUGUGCGUUGUAUCCUCAGUCUGCUUAGUGUACACAGAUUUUGUCCUUCAAGUAACAUAUUGAUCAGCCAGGAUGUCUUCUGUGAAAGUAGCUGUCAGGGUUCGGCCUUUCAAUAGCCGUGAGAUGUCUCGAGAUGCUGAAUGUAUCAUACAAAUGGGUGGUAAUACUACCACGAUUACAAAUCCAAAGGCUGGACCUAAGGAAGCAAAGACAAAGACAUUUGAGUUUGACCAUUCCUACUGGUCGCAUACAGAUCCAAGUGACCCAAGCUUUGCUUCACAAAAGCAGGUGUAUGAUGACAUUGGGUUGGAAAUGUUGGAUCAUGCUUUUGAAGGCUACAAUGUCUGCAUUUUUGCCUAUGGCCAAACAGGAGCUGGUAAAUCCUACACAAUGAUGGGUCGCAGUGACCCUGGACAACAAGGCAUUAUUCCUCAGUUAUGUGAGGACUUGUUUGAGAGAAUCAAACGUCAAAAUUGUGAUGAGAUACAGUUUUCUGUGGAGGUGAGCUAUAUGGAGAUCUACUGUGAACGUGUUCGUGACUUGCUAAACCCAAGUAACAAGAACAGCCUUCGUGUGAGGGAGCACCCUCUCCUGGGACCUUACGUUGAGGACCUUUCCAAGUUGGCUGUGCAGUCAUUUAAUGACAUAAACAAUCUCAUUGAUGAAGGAAACAAGGCUAGGACAGUUGCAGCCACAAACAUGAAUGAGACAAGCAGUCGCUCACAUGCAGUCUUCACUAUUAUUUUUACACAAAAGAAAUUUGAUCUUGACACAAAGAUGGCUGGAGAAAAGGUGAGCAAAAUUAGCUUGGUGGAUUUAGCUGGAAGUGAGCGAGCAGAUUCCACAGGUGCUAAAGGCACCAGGUUGAAGGAGGGUGCCAAUAUCAACAAAUCUCUCACAACACUGGGCAAAGUUAUCUCCGCACUUGCUGAAGUUUGUAAGCAGGAGAAGCUGUAUGGUGUGGCUCACAAAAGAAAGAAGAAAGCAGAAUUUAUCCCAUACAGAGACUCAGUGCUGACUUGGCUCCUAAGAGAAAACCUAGGUGGUAACUCCAAGACAGCCAUGGUUGCUGCCCUUAGUCCUGCUGAUAUAAACUAUGAUGAAACACUCAGCACCCUAAGAUAUGCUGACCGUGCUAAGCAGAUCAUGUGCAAAGCUGUUGUUAAUGAAGAUCCUAAUGCUCGCCUUAUCCGUGAACUGAAGGAUGAGGUGUCCAGACUGCGUGAGCUCCUGGCUGCUGAAGGCAUCGACAUAGGUGAUAUGAAUCUGCAAGACUUACAUGAAGAGAGAGAACGAAACCGGUCACGCAAAUCAUCUGUGACAAUCGAAGGAGAAGAUGCCAUUGAACGACUAAAAGAGAGUGAAAAGCUGAUAGCCGAGUUGAAUGAGUCUUGGGAAGAGAAACUGCGUCGAACGGAGGCUAUUAGAAUAGAACGUGAGGCAGUGCUAGCAGAAAUGGGAGUAGCUUUGCGUGAAGAUGGUGGUACCAUUGGAGUCUUCUCACCAAAAAGGACAGCUCACUUGGUGAAUCUUAAUGAAGACCCACUCAUGUCAGAGUGCCUGCUGUACUAUAUCAAAGAUGGCACCACAAGAGUUGGCCGUCAUGAUGCCCAAAAUCCUCAGGAUAUCCAACUGAGUGGCACCCAUAUCCUUGAGGAACAUUGCUACUUUGAGAGUGUUGAUGGCACAGUAAUGCUACUACCGUGUGAGGGGGCCAUGUGUUAUGUGAAUGGCCGGCAAGUGACAGAGCCCACAGCCCUAAAGACAGGCUCACGUGUGAUCCUUGGCAAACAUCAUGUCUUCAGAUUCAACCACCCACAGCAAGCUCGUCAGAGCAGAGCCUUGAUGAUUGAAUCAACAGAUACUCUUUCCUCGGAGCCUGUAGACUGGACGUUUGCUCAACUUGAACUACUGGAAAAACAAGGCAUUGACUUGAGGAAGGAGAUGGAGCAGAGACUUAUGAAUCUUGAAGAACAAUAUCGUAAAGAAAAGGAGGAAGCUGACUUGCUGUUUGAACAGCAACGCCAAGAUUAUGAAAAUCGUAUCCAGACCCUGCAGGAGCAGGUAGAACGACAUUCCAUGAUUUCCAGUGUGGCUACCACAGACUUCCUGCGUGAGGAGGAGGAGGAGGAAGAAGAGGUGAAGUGGACUGAUCGUGAGAAAGAACUAGCUUCAUGGGGAUUCCGAAAGUGGAAGUACCAUCAGUUCACAUCACUGAGGGAUGAUCUGUGGGGAAAUGCUAUUUUCCUCAAGGAGGCUAAUGCUAUAAGUGUGGAACUGAACAAAAAGGUGCAGUUCCAGUUUGUACUUCUGACUGAUACUCUGUACUCACCGUUACCUCCUGAUCUCUUGCCCUCUGACCACACCCGGGGUCAAACUGAUGAACCUCGACCUUUCCCACGCACAGUCGUGGCUGUGGAGGUUCAGGAUACCAAAAAUGGAGCCACACACUACUGGUCCUUGGAGAAGCUGAGACAUCGGUUGGAACUCAUGCGGUCAGUGUACAAUGAGGAUCUCUCCCCGGACACACCUGAGGCGAAACAGGACAUUUUUCACUGUCUGUCCGCCUGUGGCCAGCAGAACGUCUUUAAUUUCAGAAACCUCAUUCCAUCCAGACAAAGGCUGGAACUAAUGCGGGAGAUGUACCACAAUGAAGCAGAGUUAUCACCAACAUCACCAGAACCAACCAUUGACACUAUGACUGGUGGAGACCCAUUUUAUGAUCGCUUUCCUUGGUUCAGGCUUGUUGGCAGGGCUUUUGUGUACCUGAGUAAUCUUUACUACCCUGUACCUCUUGUCCAUCGUGUGGCAAUCGUAAAUGAUAAAGGUGAUGUCAAGGGAUAUUUAAGAGUUGCAGUUCAAGCCAUCACAGAGAAGGAAGACACUCCUGAUUUCUCCACUGGCAUCAAACAGUCAGGAAAUGCCAAGAUCACUUUCAAGGAUGAAGACUAUUUUAUCAAGCACCCACAGGAUGCCUCAACAGUUCCUAUAGUUACAAAGAGGGCUGAUCAGUCCCAAGACAAAGUGUCCUCUCAGGAGGAGCUUCGUAUUGUUGAGGGCCAGGGUCAGGGAAUGGACAACUCAAUCCUUAUAAGUGAAGAUGUUAAUGAGGGAGCAGAAGUGGAUUACUGCCCUCAGAUUAAUGUGAAAGAAUUACCUGAACAUCUUCAGCUGGGAUCACAGUUCCAGUUUCGAGUCACUGUUCUUCAGGCAUCUUGCAUCUCACCAGAGUAUGCUGACAUCUUCUGUCAGUUCAACUUUCUUCACCGACAUGAUGAGGCGUUCUCCACAGAACCUCUGAAAAACACAGGCAAAGGCCCACCACUUGGUUUUUAUCAUGUGCAAAAUUUUACAGUAUGUGUGACGAAGUCAUUUAUUGACUACAUCAAGACUCAGCCUCUGGUCUUUGAAGUAUUGGGCCAUUACCAACAGCACCCCUUGCAUGAUCAGGCCAGAGAGACACCUUAUGUACGCCCACCUCCACGUCGCAGUUUUCCAUCUUCUUUGCCUGUCUCCAAACCGGUGCCAUCACCCAAAUAUGGGCUUAUUACAGCACCCAGUGAGAAUGACAAGAAAUCAUCUAAGGCCAGAAAAAACAGAUCUUUGAUACUGGAGUGCCCCAAACUCAGACAGUUGUGCUCUAGUCCUGUUUGUUCUCAUUGUGAUCUUCUGGUGUGGUUUGAGAUUUGCGAACUGGCACAUAAUGGAGAGUACGUUCCAGUGGUGGUGGAUCAUUCAGGUGACAUGCCUACACGGGGCACUUUCAUGCUGCACCAAGGCAUCCAGCGCCGCAUGCGUAUCACCCUGCUGCAUGAGAAACGCUCAGAUUUCUGCUGGAAGGAUGUCAAGGAGCUGGUGGUGGGUCGAAUCCGUAACACCCAAGAGUAUCACGAUCUUGACUCUGAAAGUACAGUUUUGUCUCUCAGUCUCUUCCCAGCCCACUUCCUGCAGUACUCCAAUGAUGACAGGGUGUUUUUCCAGUUUGAAGCAGCCUGGGACAGUUCUUUGCAUGAUACUCCACUGCUGAACCGUGUCACACCCCAUGGAGAAAAUGUAUACAUGACACUAUCCGCUUAUCUGGAGAUGGAGAACUGCCCACAACCAGCUUGCGUCACCAAAGAUCUCACUCUUGUCAUUCAUCCACGUGAUGUCAAGAUUUCAGCUCCCAGCCCUCGUUUCAGAGCCCUCAGAUCACUGUUUGGUGGUUCCCGGAGCAUGGACUGCAACAAGGUGUCAGGCGUGUACGAACUGCUUCUUCGCAAGUUCUCUGAGACAGGUAGUCCAGGUGUUGAGCGCCGUCAGAGACGUGUAUUGGACACUUCCUCAACCUACGUACGUGGAGAGGAAAAUCUGAAUGGCUGGCGGCCAAGAGGUGAUUCCCUCCUGGUGGAUCAUCAGUGGGAACUGGAAAAACUCACUCGCCUGCAAAUGGUGGAGAAGACUCGCCAUGUGCUUCUACUGCGUGAGAAACUGUUAGAACAGAACAAGACCAGUGAGCUUAGCAAGCUGGACAAAGAAAUCCAGAAUUCCCAGGCCAAGGCCCGUAGCUUGCAUGGCAUCCCAAUGGAUGCCUCUAUCUACAUCAGCGAUGAAAACUCUAAGGACUUCGAUAUGAAAGAGAAGGAAAUUCAGCAGACGCAGAACAUCUAUGACCUUAAAGCCAUUGAGGACCAUGAAAAGCAACUCUUGGCACGCUGUGCCCGUCUCAUGUUGCAAGGAAAAUUGCCACUCAAGCCUCCACCCAUUGAUGCUAUUGCUGUAUCAGUAACUGACUCCCUUCUGAGCUCCUCCAUAAUCACCACCUCUGAAGAGAGUGAUAGUGCCAUUAGUGACUCGAUGGGAAUAAGCAUGGUGUCUUCUACAUCGGACCUGGUGAAGUCAGUCACCUCUGUACCGAUUCAGCCAUCACGCUCCUGUGAGAAUAUACAAACAACUGGGGUGUCACCAAUAGCAGAAACCAACGACCGAAAACUAUCUCUCCCGCUCAAACCCAUCAACCUUGAUGCUCCACUUUUUGUGCCCGAUGUGGAAGAGGUCCGUGUCUCACCUGUAGUCUCUCGCCGUGGAUACCUCAACUUUCUGGAGGAAAACACCAAUGGCUGGAUGAAGCGAUGGGUGGUUGUACGUCGUCCAUAUGUGUAUGUUUAUAACAACGAGAAGGACCCUGUGGUUCGUGCAAUCAUCAACUUGGCCACAGCUCACAUUGAGUACUCAGAGGACCAGCAAGCCCUACUGAAGACGCAGAAUGCUUUUUCUGUGAUGACCAAGACCCGUGGUUUCCUCCUGCAAACAAUUGAUGACAAGGACUUUCACGACUGGCUAUAUGCUAUUAACCCUCUGCUGGCUGGCCAGAUUAGGUCCAAGCUGUCAAGGAGGAAGCAGGUUAUGAUGAUCUGAAAGCGAUAAGCUGUAAUGAGACGGAAAUGGAGAAAGUUAUUGAAGUAUCUGAAUCCAGCAAUUGUAUGGCUGGGACGCUGUGCUGCUACAAAAGGAGAAGGUAGAGUGGAAGCAGUUAAAGAGCUGGUUAGCAGUUUAACCUACUUUCCCACUGACAUCACAAUAGUUACCUGCCAUCAAUCAGCAGUCUUUUUUUUCUCCCUGGAUGUUGUUCAUCAAAGCAAACAGAACAUCAACAUGGAGACUGUGCUUCAUCAGGAUCCAUGCUUCCAAGAAAAAAAUUUCAAUAUCACUUCUCCCACAAUAAGUGCUGUCGCCAUGAGAUAUAGACUUGAUCUGUGUAUUAUGUGCCAUUUUGUUGGUAUCCUGUAGCACCUCUGGUGUGCAGCCCGAUUCAUUCUUCAUGUGAAUGUCUGGUAUCUCAUUCUACAGUUUUUUUUCCUGUGAUAACAAAUCAUUACAGAAGUAGACCUACACUUUUUACUUAGUGCUGGGAUCUUUCAGACUUCUGUCAUGUAACUGCACACAGGUUCCUUUAAAAAAAAAAAAGAGUUUUUUGUCAGAGAGCGGCAACCUGCUAGAUUUGAUAGUCACCCAGCUAAGAAAAGGAGUUUCAUUGUGCUGUUCUUAGUUUGGGUUAAUGUUUGUGAACCAUUAUAAGAAAAUUGUGAUGCUGAUUAUGCUUGAGAAUCAUGAUGCCAACUGGGUGACUAAAUACUGUUGGCAUUAGAUUUCCUAAGCAAGAUGAAAAUAUUACUGAAAUUAUAGCAUAAUAUCAGUAAUAGUUUAGAAACAUUCAUAAUUUUCAUUCUAUUUUGUGCUACUUAACCCACUCAAAAUAAAUCAGUUGUGUCAAUCAUAACACCUUUAUGAUGUAGGCCAUUUGACAAAAGAGGGAAAAAAACACACUCCUGUUCAAAAUAGCACAAGUACUUACAUGGGAUCCUCGAUCCCAAUCCAUGUAAAUACUUCAUCUCCUAAGAAUACUGUAAUUCAUAGAUUUUAGCUAUUGUUUUUUAGAAGUUUUGUUAGCCUUUUGUCUCCUAAUGAAUGCUGACUUGCUAUGUACAAAUUCAUCCAUUUCUUCUUGACUCACCGAUUGUUUAAAGAAAAAUUGCAACAUGUAGCCAAGAAUUAGUUAUUAGAAGUCUAUAAGCUUCACCCUUUGAAGAGAAGUCACUUCAUGGGUUUUUUUCCUAUUUUAGUUGUGUUGCUAAAAGGAAUUCAUGCUUUAAGCUAGUGUUUUGGUUUUUGUCUUGUGUUGGUUUUUUUUGGCAUAGUAGGCAUUUGUAUCAUUAUUAUGACUGGUAGUCAAUCCAUCCUCCAGUUUACAAGACUGCAUUCUAAAUUGAAUGAACUGGUAGAUUCAUACAGUUACAAGCAGUUACUUUUUCCCUUCAAUACAUUAUUGGCUAAUAUUUCUUACUUCUAAUGCAAGAAAUCUCUUAAUUAUGUUGCAUGCAGUCAUAAGAUAAGUGGAGUAGGUUUCAGAAGAAAAUGUGAGAUUUAUAUUGCUAAUAUACUUAAUAUCUUCAUGAAUAACAAAGUAAUGUUAAGCAAAGAGUAUCACAAUAGCAGUUAAGAAAGUACUUUGAAAAGUCUGCUGAUGUCUGAAGUGGACUGUUUCAUUGUAGACAAAAGAUUUUUGUCCCUUGUUGCCAUCUACAUUGAUGAUUCUUUAUAAAUCAUGUAGGUAUGCUUUAUAUUUGUCCAUGCAUCAUCGUGCAAAAAGCAUCUAUAAUUGCUAGAUGCAAUGUGCAUUGUUAGAUUUUAUAUUUAACUUAUGUGCCACAAAUUACGUCAACAAGUGUUCUUUAUUUCUAUGUUUCAAAAAAAAUUCUGUACUUCAUUUAUGAAAAAUGUAGGCAUUUAUGGUUUGGAGCUUCCUGUAUUUCUCAUAGCAUUCUUUAGGGGUAAAUUGUUAGGUUUUCUUAUUAAGCCAUUAGCAUACAGUGUUUGUUGUAUCUAUUGUCUCUGGUCUCUAUCAGAUUUUAAAGGUUAAUUGUAUGGAUUAUCAAUGCUUAAGACCUUAAAUUCUUUUUGACAUAAAAUAUUUUCAAGAGCAGUUACUGUCAAAUCUGGCUUCAUGACCAUUUCUAUUAUAUGCAGGGUAAUUAAAUAUUUUAGUCAAAGUAUAUUCUUGUGAUAAGAAACCAGCACAGUACAAGAAAAUUUAUCAAAUAUAUCUAAAUUUUGUAAAGUGCAGGAUCAAAUAUAGCAAAAAUAUUGUUUAAAGUUUGUAAAAUAUGUAAAAGUGGUGGAAUUAAUAUGAUAGAAUUGUAAAAGAUAAUGCCUAGCAUAAAGUAUGCCAGGUCUUAAUACCCAAGAAUUAUCAUUCCAUGACUAAAACGGUAACCUGACUGACAUGUUCUUGGUAGUGAAACAAAGUACUCAGGAAGAUCAAACUAAACACUGAUGAAUAAUAAGCAUCAAGGCUGCUAUUUACAGUGGAUUUAAAAAAGGGUACAUACAUAAAAAUGUGUUUGAAGAGCAAACCUCACGUGAAUGUCACAGGCUGAUAUUUGUAUUUGAAAACUAGCAUGUGGAAUUGUUCCUCAUUUUGCACAUGAAUAAAGCACACUAAAAAUAGCACAAAUAUCUAUGUAGGUAGCAGGAGAAUUUUAUAUUUAUCAGUGCUACAGUGUCAGAGAUGAGAAUAUGAUGAAACUUUGUAUGUGUGUGUGUGUGUGUUUAUCCACCAAAAAUUUGAGUAAGCAUCAUUUAAAAGCAGGCAAUUUUUUUUUUGAGGUGAUAAAUAAAGUGGAUGUACAAACUUCAGCUGUAAAGCUCUGUAAAUGUUUUCAGUAAAUAUGUAUAAAUUAUUGCAGAAAGGUGGCAGUAGCAUUUUGUAUGAUUUGUAACAUAUACAUGCAUCAUUUUUCAUCUGUGAAUAUGUUGCUGCCUUUUAUUGUUUAAUUGUACUUAUUCACCAAACCAAGCAUAAUCUUUAAACACAUGGGACAACAAAAUGAGAAGUAUUACAGGUGAAGAUAAAGUACUACAAUCAUACCUGAGAUAGGGUAUGCUGAUAAUUGUGACUUUGUAGGCUUCUUGGUGAGAAUUUUUUACUAUGACAGAUGACAAUAUGUGUCAUAUGGGAUGAUACUUAGGUGGCAGGGUCAAAAAAGAUAUGAAUCCAGCAUUGAAGAUCUUGCAAAAUCCCUAAGAAUGCUGAAAAUAAUGAUACAACAGUACCAUCUAAUAGUUUACAUUGCUAUGCAUUUAGCAGAGAUCCUUUCAAACCCGAGUAUGAGAAAUGAUUGCCAACAGUCAUACAGUAGGAUGGUGACCUGAUCAUAGCAUGCCAUAAAAACAUUUUUUUAAAAGGACAAACUGGAGGUUCAAGAAUUUCACAUGCUUAGCAUUAGGUAACCUUUUCAAAAGUCAUUUGCAUGCAGUUAAAAAAAAAUGAGCAUGGUGGUAAAUCAGCAUCUGAUUUAGAACCCUCUUGAAACAGCUUUGGCUUUGCCUUAUUUGUCAUACAAGUUUGUGCUUACUGUAGAAGACACACAUUGUUUGUUGUGGCACUGUGUUGUGUGCAUUUCUUUAGCACGUGCCACAAGCUGCAAGUUCUGUGAUCGUUACUCAUUUUGUCAUUCUGUAUUGUCUGGAGAGCAGACUGCCUUUGUUGUGAUGCCCAUUUUCAUUUCUCAUUUUUUUCUGGUGGGUGAUUAGGUUUGUAUAUAUAUAUAGCUUAUUUAGGUCAGCAGGACUUCAACCCAUCUGUAGAUUUCAUUGCUUCAUAAGUAAUAUUGUAGCUGAGUAGGUUGCUUCUUGGGUACAUUUCAGUGUAUCAUUUUUGAUGCCAAGCAGACUGUUACUUUGUGCAAUAUAUUGACUGCCAAACUUUGUCUUUGGAAGUGUUGUUAAAAUCUUGUUUCAUUCAAUGGCUGUAUGCAUAUUUUAUCUGAAACCUAGAGUAAUUUUGUCAUGAUUAAUCCAGCUCUUUUCUUCCUUUUUGAGAAUUCACUAGAUGUGGCCUAUUUUUGUUACUAGCAGAAGAUUUAUGUCUAGUCUUGACUUGCAGUAAAAAAAAAAAACCCACAACAAUAAUAACGCUAUAACUGUAAAUUUUGCAAUAUUCAGUGUUUUAAACUGGUCUUGCGCCUGAAGCUAAGGGAAUUAACAACAAUACUACAAUAUUUAAUACACUGAAAGCAAAAUCUUGCAAAUAAGUACUUAGGUUGUAGGGUGCACAGCCAGCAUGCACUGCCUUUAAUGAGAAUGUAAAGUCGUGACAAUCAGCAAAUUCUAGCAUUCAGCUGUGUAUUGGUCUUUAAUUUCUGAUAUUGUUAGAUUUGUUAUUAAGUAUAGAUUGGUUAUCAUCUGAGGUCCUCCAUAAUCGAUGUACCGGUGUCUGUUCCUUCUUGUGUUAUAUUAAGUCAUUUUCUGUGAUAUUCAGCUUUAGCUUAAGGGUUAUGAAGUUUUUCAGCAGUGGUAGAGGCAGUGAAGUUAGCUAUGAGAACCUGUUGAGCGUACACUGGACUGGCAUAGUGUGGUAAAAAAAGCCUCAUAUGCUGUUCAUACAGUGCUUUCGAACAAGACUUGGAUAUACAACCUGCUCCUUCUUCUGGAAUGUUCUUGUCAGUUGAAAUUCAAGGACUGAUGUUUGGGCUUUAAGCUUAUUUCGUAAUGUACAUCAUGAAUGGGAAGGAGAGAGGGUCAGUGGUCUUGAACUGCUCAUUAGGUUUGUGGUGUUAAUAACACUUGGUCUUUUCAACAGAUAGAAACUAUAAAUUUUACACAAAUUUUAGCUCUUGCUUUGAAGCUUUUCUCAUCUUUCCCUCUCUCCACUUUCCUAAUAUUGUGGCAAAAGUUUAAAGGAUUUGCUGUAUUUUACAGGGACAAAUGGUGAUAUUUAAUUCUUUGCUUUUGUCACCUGUCACCAUCUUGUUUUAGGCUUGCUUUGCAAAAGUGUGUUUUUUUAUUAUCUCAUGUUUUAAAGUUUGACACGCAGUAAAACAGGGUUUUUAUCGCUGACACACUUUCGGUUAAUUCAGUUUUGUCAUAGUAUUUUUAGGACUUGUUUGAAUUUACCACCAGUAUUGUUGGCAGAGAAUCUAAUGCCAAUGUGGCGUAACAUUUUCUUCAGUCAUUCUCAUAUGUUUAUGGCAUUUUUUCUUUACUUAAUUUUAUAUUUCUGUUUUUCUGUUAUUACAACACAAAAUUCAUGUACAUUGGAACCAUGUUUUAUGUUGUAGCUGGAGAGCUUUAAGAGGUAACAGAGAGAUGUACAAAGUUUUAAACACAUUGUUGGUGGCAUCCUCAUUUUACCAAUCCUUUAUACAUUGCUUACCACAUUCUGUAGACUACUGUACAUUUAUAUUUAGCUCAAGUGUAAAAUUGAACUUUUCAUUGUGGGAAGAUUAAGGGACUUUCUUGACCAUAAGUCAACAGUAGACUGUCAGUAGUUGUACUGUGAUACAUGUUGCUUUUAGAAAGUUUGCAUUAAUAAGAUACAUGUUAUGGUUGCUGGCAGCAUGUAUUAAGCCAAGUUGUUGGUUUCAGAUAUGGCUUAGGUCGUGUCUUUCUGGGUCACUGUUGUUGAUCCAAGUAGGUUAUUUUAUUUAUUUUGCUAAACGAUUUUGAAUAAGUUGAAUAAAUAUAUGUGCUGUCAAAUCAAACUGCAGUGUUUGCAUAUACAUUCUCUUAAGCAGUCCCACUGUGACAUCUCUAAAAGAUGUUUUUUGUCUCUCUUUGAACAAAGAUGGAAAUUUUAACUUGUAAAGAAGUUAACAUCACCUGGAAAGAGGAUGGCAGAGGGUAGUUUCAGUCUUGGUCACAGCAUACAGUUGUUCAAUGAAAUAAAUGUAGUUCUCAGUCAUUAAGCAUUACAGUAGAUUCAUCUCACAUAAAGAUAACGUGCAGACAGACAUAUCCAGACACACAUUUUCUUCCACUCAGCUGUGCCAGCAUGUGCACACAUAUUACAUACAGAGCUACAUGCACAAGCAUUUAUACCAAGGAAGAGAUAAUAAAGAGCACAAUGCAAACAGAUGUAUCUUUAUCAUGUUCUAAUUUUUCCAUGUGGUAUAUGUGUACUUACUGAAUGUGUCCUCAUCUACUGAUUAUAUAUAAAUAUAUAAUUGUGCUAUUAUCAUUCCAUUUGAUGUUUCCUGCCGUAAGAUACUUAUUUCAAAAACUGUGGAUACAGAAGCAGACUUCCUCUCAGUGGUUGUCUGGCAACAACUUCUCAAAUAAAGCAUCCAGCUACUCA